UAAAUAAAAAAUGUGUACAUUGUAGGAUUCCUUCCAUCGAGAACGAGUAUGAAAGCUUUAGAAGAAUGUCAAAAGAACUUUGGAGUCGGAGCUCUGAAGCGUGUUUUCCCGAAAGCAAAUCCUCACUGGAAAGUCUCGAAAAUUAUCUUCAUGCAUAGCUGCAUUGAUGAAUUCCCAGACAAACUAAUAGAAUGCCUCAACGGGGUUUUGAAUAUCUUUCGACUUCCAAAAUUUUAUCUCGAAUAUAAACCGGAUAUUUUUGCACUCACCUCAAAAUUUGAUUUGGCUCAAGACCAUAGCUUACAUCCGAUGCAUGCGUCCAGUGAAGCAGUAAUAUCCCUAGCAGAGUUCGAAAAGGCUGAAAAAGACCUCGGCGACAAAUUGAACAUCACGGGGAGAUCAUACCGUUGGAUAAGUAUUACAGAUGGUACAAGAGUACACAGCAAAUAUGUUGAGAACAUUGCUUUAAAAUUCCUGAAGUCUGUGCUUCAGCCGGGAAGCCCUCGCCCUCAACCUCCAGAAAAUAUCAUCGGACCAUGGACGUAUUUGGAACUUCAAGCGUUACGAGUUAGCGCGAAAUUGCAAUGGUUCUUCGCGCAAGAAAUACAAUUGAAAAUGACACCGGCUGUGUUGGUGGCAAUAUCGCUGUGUGUGGUGGUCAUGCUUGCAAUCUGGCUCGGUAAAUGAGGUCCAGUUCACCAAAUGUAUAUGUUCCCGCGGGAAAAGAUAACUGUUUUUUUUUUAUCAUUUAAAUGGUUUAUUAUGAAUUUUCUCUGUCUUUAACGUAUGACACAGUAUUAGCUAAUGGAGACAAAAUGCAUAUACUAAUAAACAAAACAGCUACAAAAACGACAAUAAAAAUAUACUAGGCAAUUAAGAAAUUGCUUAUUUUGGUACAUUAUGCAACAUAUUAAUAAAAUCUGAAAAGUAGAUCCCCCGGAAGCACCGAGAACAAGGCAAACAGUGAAAAUUGCAGACUCGGUUUGAUUGAGUCUGUUCAUGAGCAGUAAUGGAAAAUGCAACACUGUCCACGCCCCCUAGCACCGGCUUAAGCAGUAUUCAAUCUUCGAAUCUAAAUGAGUUGAAAUCAAUGAUCCCGAAGGACCAGAAAAUAUAACAACACUGAGAUGAAGUCGGGGCGACUUUUUACGGCCGCCACACAGCACUUAACACCCGCUGUUGUGAAGUAAAUAAAAUCUGAAAAGUAGAUCCCUCGGAAGCACCGAGAACAAGGCAAACAGUGAAAAUUGCAGACUCGGUUUGAUUGAGUCUGUUCAUGAGCAGUAAUGGAAAAUGCAACACUGUCCACGCCCCCUAGCACCGGCUUAAGCAGUAUUCAAUCUUCGAAUCUAAAUGAGUUGAAAUCAAUGAUCCCGAAGGACCAGAAAAUAUAACAACACUGAGAUGAAGUCGGGGCGACUUUUUACGGCCGCCACACAGCACUUAACACCCGCUGUUGUGAAGUAAAUAAAAUCUGAAAAGUAGAUCCCUCGGAAGCACCGAGAACAAGGCAAACAGUGAAAAUUGCAGACUCGGUUUGAUUGAGUCUGUUCAUGAGCAGUAAUGGAAAAUGCAACACUGCCCACGCCCCCUAGCACCGGCUUAAGCAGUAUUCAAUCUUCGAAUAUAAAUGAGUUGAAAUCAAUGAUCCCGAAGGACCAGAAAAUAUAACAACACUGAGAUGAAGUCGGGGCGACUUUUUUACGGCCGCCACACCUUUUUUCUGUGCUGCACAGAAAUUAAAAUAAUACAAAAUUUGUUUAAUGACACAGAAAUUUAAUAUAUAUAUAUAAACUCCUUUUACAUAACGAUCGUGUUAUCAGUCCUCUUAAUCCGGCAAGGUGGAAACACAAAGAUAAUUUAAUCUUAAAUUCCAGUUUGUAUUAAAAGUUAGUGUAGCUAGUGUAAAUAGCAUACAGUCAAACGAACGAAGUACAAACUUCAAUAAACUAUGAUUUCGUUUUUGAGAAGAACGAGCAUGUACCACUUUAUGCUGUAUAGCAGAACACAUAUAUUCCAAAGGGAGGGAAAAGGAGAAGAAAACUGACUGUUUUAAGUGCAUGUAUAUGGAAGAGGUUUUGACAGAGCUUGUAGCUUACUCUCCAAUCUUGAUCCAGUAGUCUUGGUUCUAUAUAGAUGAUUAAUGCUCUAUUUGAAAAUCAAAAUAUUUAAAAACUUUUACCUUGAUACCCAAUGUCAUAAGCUAUAUCUGUCUCACAAGAGCUCGAAAUGUUACUAAUACUUAAGAGUAAAAUCCUGAGAACAGGU